AAACUAUUGAGAGGUAAAAGUUGGAUGUAUUAGUUAAAAUGUUAACAUGAAGAAGAUAGAACAGUAGAGCCACGAACUGUCCACGGAGGAUGAAUGUUGACAACAUUAUCUGGCGAUUGAAUUGGUCUCCACACUAUACACAAUUCAAUAGUUUAUCUGAGAUGGGCUCUCAGAUUUUCAAAAUCUCAACAUUCACUUCUUGUAGAACCCUAAUUUUCAAUCCCACCCCCGUCUCUCGAUUAUUGGCAAUUUCAAUACCCAACAGUCUCUGCAAAACCCAAUUCAUACACCAGACCUCAAAACCCAUCAAUCACAAAAUUUCAUCAUCUGGGUUUGGUGGGUUGUCUCUCCGGACUAAGAGAAGCUUCAGAGGUGGGAUUGUAGCUAUGGCCGCAUCUGGUCCGGUUCAGAAAUCAGAUGAGGAUUGGCGUGCAGUUCUCUCUCCCGAGCAGUUUCGAAUUCUGAGGCAGAAAGGAACAGAGUACCCAGGCACGGGAGAGUAUGACAAGUUCUUUGGUGAGGGAGUCUACAACUGUGCAGGAUGCGGUACUCCUCUCUACAGGUCCACUACUAAAUUUAACUCUGGAUGUGGAUGGCCAGCUUUCUAUGAGGGUCUCCCCGGAGCAAUAAAUCGCACGGCGGACCCAGAUGGAAAGAGGAUUGAAAUUACGUGUGCCGCUUGUGGUGGGCAUCUAGGUCAUGUAUUUAAAGGUGAAGGGUUCCCUACUCCAACGAAUGAACGUCAUUGUGUUAAUAGUAUUUCACUCAAGUUUCUUCCUGCAGAAUCUUCUCCUUCUCAGUGAAGGUUACGGUAAUGGUAUCUUCAUUCUUUGUGUCUAGAACUUGGUAAUGUCCUUGGAAUAAGACUGAUACUGUGGGGUUUCCUGGUAUGGGUUGAAUUAUAGGUUUGUCACCUUGCUGGUCUAGAUUACAGUAGAAUUUUGUGAAUGUCCCUUAUUUAAUGCCUCCUAGUGCAGCUAAUGCUUGCUCAGCAACCUUACUAAUAAGGGGGUUCUGCUUACCAUUGUCCUUUUCUUCUGUCAAGUUUCAAAUUCUUGUAUAAUAUUAAAAAAGUGCUUACUGUGUCUUGUUUGUAUGUUCUCUCGUAAAAAAAAAUAUCGGAAGGAUGAAGACGAUUUUAGGAGGCAUGAAUAAAGUUAUGGUAUUAAUGCGGGUA